UUUUCAGAUUAAGUCAUGUUUUACAGCACUGAGAUUCUCAACCAAAGAGGAGGCCGUUUUGCUCUGAUAUGGCUGGCAGCAACCAAAGGCCGAAAGCUAUCAAGACGAGAAGUGUGUGGUGUAAAUUUAGUAGAUACAUGCCAUGCUAUUUUAAAGUACCUCAGAUCGAAAGCUGUCAGACAGCGCCUGUCCCUCUACUUAUCCACCCAGUUGAUGUAUGGUACCUUGAUUAUAUACCAGCGGCAAAGCUCAGUUUUAUUAGACGAGGUCAACAGUCUUUUUAUUCAGUUCCGAAGCUUAAAGGUCAUUCACAAUCCUAUAGAACUUCAGUCAACUCCAUUAAGGGACAGAGUCACAAGAUCAGACUUUUUUGCUGAUAUAGAUUUGAGGUUUGGAGAGUUUAAAGAUGUCAUGAUAGACAUUGAAGAAAUACCAACUGUAGAAGUAUGGAGCAGAGAUUUUUCUUUUGAAAUACCACUUCAAUCAGAUUACACUCUAACUACCCAGAAAGAGCUAUCGACUCCAUCUCCAUCUAGUUUACCUUCAAAAUCUAAGCCUGAACCCCUUCCGCCAUUCUCUAUGCCCGAAGACCAGUUGAGGAUGCGGGAGUCUGUUGCAGUGGACAUGACUAUGUUUCAGGUAGAGCCUGAUUUACCAACAUUUGAUGCCCAAGGUUUGCAGAUGAUAGUAAGUGAGGAAACUGAUCUCAACAUUCUUCUGCCAACUGAAGAAUUGCCAGAAGCAAAGCCAGCUAAGGAACAAGUGACUCCCAAGAAAGAUGUACCUGAUAGCAGUGUGCCUGGAGCUCCGCAAAGACGUGUCCCAAAGGAAAAAGAUGCUGAUAUCACAGUUGUCCAAGACAAGCCACCUGAAAAACGUCCACGCAUUAUUCCAUUGGUUCUUCCUCCAAUUGAGAGUCCUCGAAGAAGACGUCGUGUACGACAUUUGAGGAUUGAUGCUGAUACUUGUAUUAACAAGAAAGAUAUACAAUACAACAUAGUAAAUACAAGAGAUAUUGUGAGAAACAUACAGGAUGUUCAAGUAGGCCAUCCCCUUCUGCUAGCCAGUACAACCAAAGAACUCUUUAAGAAUCCUGCCAGAAAAGCGCUAAAACAUAAGCUUUUGUUUCCACUUUGGGAAAGAAACUUAAAACAAGUUGAUGAUUUCAGUGAAACAGAAUCAGAUCAGAAAAGACCUAUGUUUUGUGUACCAGAACUAGUGUUGACCUCUGAUUCCUCAACUCCCAGGUCUGAUCAACCACAGGACAUUUCAUCUGUAGAGUUACCUCGGCCGUCAUCUGAUGUUAGUGACCGUCAAAGGUCAAGCGUAGCUGACAGAAGUGUGACUCCUGUCAGUCUUAAAACUGGAAGAUUGACAGAUUCUUUGCAUGAAAGCACUCCUAGGAAAAAAAGGAAAACCAAAAGCCUGAGUGAAGAAGAGACAACCCAAAUUGAACAACUUUCAAUCCAGCAACUUGAUGAGGAGCUGUAUCCUUUAGUUGAAGAAAUACCUCUGGAUUUACCCAGCAUAUCAAUAUCUCCUGUGAAAUCGGAUGAAGACAAAACCCCUAAAUUUAGGCACCUUCAAGAUUAUAUUGUAAUGAAUGUGGAAAAACGCACUCAAACAGAACGUUGGACAACAUUCAAGCAGAUUUGUCCGCCUGGACUAAUUAAUAAGCGAAGAGCAGCCUGUCUGUUUUGUGCUUUACUUAUGGCUCAUCAGAACUGCCUGAUACGCCUCAAACAGAAGGAACCAUACGGUGAUAUCUACAUCAGAUUAAGGACAACACCACCACCAUAAGAUCAAUCUUUGUACACUCUCUCGUCACACACACACAGAUACUGCAUAGUAGCAUCAUUAAACAUCAAGGACUGAACAUCUUCUAUUUCUCUCUUCUAUCUUUUCUCUUUCCAAAGAAAAUAUUUCUCCCAGCAUUCACUAUUUUCCUCUCGUUCUGGUCUAACAACCCUCCUUGUUUGUUUUCAUUCGGUUUCCUUGUGUGUCUCCACUAUCCUGUUUUUGUUCCCAACUUUCACCCUCCAUAAAUCCAAAAUUUUAUUUUGGAAUUUAUGGGAGCAUCUGUCUUUGAAGACUCAUAUUGUUGUUGAAUGCUCGAAAUGAGGAGUAGAUAGACAGCCGACAACUGAUGAAGGGUCAUUCUUUGUGUUACUUGUCUUGUUUUCCAUUUUUUCCUCUUGUUGUUUGUGUAUUUAACUCGUUUGUUUUCAUACUUCAUGUUGUUUACACAGUUGAUGACAUCCUGUACCCAUAUAAGCAUGCAUACAUAUAUAUUAUAUUAUUAUUUAAUGGAACACCAUGCAUUCAUUUCUAAGUAAGUUUAUAUAAAUGCAUACAUACAUUCAUGUGUUUGUGAGUGUGUGUGUCUAUGUAUAUACAGGGUGCGAUGAAUAAACUGUUGUCUGAAUUACACAAAAAUGAAAAUAACACUGACAUCUCAUUUUAACAGAUAUAUUUACCGAAAUUACAUAAAAAUAUCUUGAAACAUUAAAGAGUCAAGUUAUUCAAUAAAAUUGCCAUUGGCUUCAACCACGGUCUCCAGACAACUUUGGAAUCUCCUGCGACUCUUGGUGAAUGCUGCCGUAAUCCUUGCUUUCAGUUUAUCUUUGGCGUUACAAGGAGUUUUGUUGGUCCCUCGCUCAACUUCACCCCACACACAAUAAUCAAGGAGUUAGAUGGCCAGAUGUUCGGGGCUGAUGAGGUCACAAUUUCUGUGACCUCAUCACCUUCGAACAUGACUAGGUUCUUCUGCUUGUGUGGCAUAAUGCAGAGUCCUGUUGCCAGACAGAGGGUCUUCCAGUAGCCACCCUCUUGACCCAGGGCAGCACUACCUCCUCCAGGUACUUGAUGUAGGCCUCCCUGUUGAGUCUGAGGUCUUAUGGAAAAAUGAAUGGAGGCACAAUGUCGCCAUCUAGUGAUCACUCCGAACACUAUGAUGUUGACUGGAUGUUUGAUUUUUAUCACUCUUGGUACAUGUCCUCAGAUUGACAUCCAAACACUGAAAUGUUCAUAUUGGAGCUUCUGGCCCAAAUGCCAAGCAAUACAGCAUAUCAUUUCCAAAUUUCUGGCAGAGUGAAUUGUGUCUUGGUGCUGUUUUUCUCAGAGAUGGUGCCCAACUGACUCUACUAUACUGUGUAGUCAACAAAAUCAGAAACAAAAAUGUGCCUGUGUGAAAUUAAACAUGUUAAAUGGUGCCAAUUUACUCAUCGUACCCUGCAUACAUGCACAAACACACAUACAUGCCAACAUGCAAUGCAUUUAUUUUGGUCUCUAUUAUUUAAGCGUCUGCAAUAUUUUACAUGCAUUUUUUUUUUGCCUAUUAAUAUAUUUAUAUGUAUUUUAAUAUAUAAACACCAUAGAAAAUGAAAUUACUACCAAGAUAUAAUAAAAAUGGGAGGAGUAACAAACAGACAUUAAAAUAUCUAAGUAAAUAAGGAUAAUGAUGAUGGUGGUAAUAAUAAUAAUAAUAAUAAUAAUAAUAAUAAUAAUAAUAAUAAUAAUAAUGAUCCGUUCUACUAUAGGCACAAGAUCUGAAAUUUGGGGGGCAAGGACUAGUCGAUUACAUUUGAACUCAGAACCUAAAGACAGAUGAAAUACCGCUAAGCAUUUUGUCCAGCAUGCUGCCCUAAUGAUGACGAUGACGAUGACGAUGACGAUGACAACAACGACGAUAAUAUAAUAAUAAUAAUAAUAAUAAUAAUAAUAACAAUAAUCUUUUCUACUCUCGGCAAAAAAAUUUUGGGAGAGGGGCUCAGUCAAUUAGAUCUAUAAGUACAAGACCUUAAAUUUUGAGGGAGGGAGCUUGUCAAUUAUAUCAAUCCCAGUGCUUGACUGUUACAUUAUCAACCCUAAAAAGAUGAAAGGUAAAAUUGACCAUGGCAGGAUUUGAACUCAGAAUGUAAAGAUCAGGAAGAAAUGAUGCUAAGUAUUUUGUCCGGUGCCCUAAUGGUUAGCAACAAUAAUCAUUUCUAACAUUGCCAUCUUUAAACAUCCUUUCAAAAUAAUUUUAAGGCCUUUCACUUGAUUUAAUUAAAAAAAAAAAUUUUUUUAAAAUUUUCUUUUUAUAAACAUCACAUAACUCCCGAUAAAUGUAAAAAAAAGAGCCAAAAAACAGCAAAUUAAGAAAUGAAAAUCAAAGUUGUGGCUUCAAUGUUGAUAUUGAUAUGAAAAUUAUAUACCCCUUCAUCAAAAAUAAUCACUCAGGACAGCCUACAUACAUACAUACAUCAUCAUCAUCAUCAUCACUGUUUAAAGUCCACUUUCCAUGCUGGCAGGGGUUAGACAGUUUGGCAGGAGCUUGCCCCAAACCUGUCUGUCUGUUUUGGCAGGAUAUUUACGGCUAGAUGCCCUUCCUAACACCAACCACUCACCCAGCAGAGUGAACUACACGCAUACAUAUAUGCAUACACACACACACAUUUAUAUAUGUAUAUAUUGGUUACAAAAAUCAAUGAAAUCAAAUGAAAUUAUGCUCAUGGAUAUGUUGGUGGAUGGACAU